AAUUAUUUCUUGGUUGCACUGAUGGUGUUCCGGGCAAAUGUAGACUGAAAACAAAGGUUUGUAAAAGCGGCAAACAGUUCGGUGCUCAGAGACUUGCUCGCGGAUUGUCUUUACUUUGUGAUGGACAAUGAUGCUGUCUUUUAUCGGGAGCUGCCAAAAGUGGAGCUUCACGCUCACCUCAAUGGUUCUGUCAGCGCGCAAACCAUCGAGAAGCUCAUCAGCCGAAAGCCACAUCUCAACAUUGAACACAGCAUGACUGCCAUCGGCAAAGGACAGCGGAGGACUCUGGAUGAGUGCUUUGAAGUCUUUAGGGUCAUCCACAAGUUGGUGGACACUGAGGAGGAUAUCCUGAUGGUGGCUACAGAUGUUAUCAAAGAGUUUGCAGCUGAUGGUGUCAAAUAUUUAGAGUUAAGAAGCACACCACGUGAAGAGAGAGAUACAGGGCUGACAAAGAGGAGUUACAUUGAAACGGUCAUCAAAGCCAUCCAGAAGUGUAAGGAGGAGGGGGUGGACAUUGAUGUCAGGUUUCUGGUAGCCAUUGACCGCAGGAAUGGGACUGAAGUUGCCUUGGAGACGGUGAAUUUGGCUGAGGAGUUCAUGCUGUCAUCUGAUGGUUUAGUGGUGGGAAUUGACCUCAGUGGAGAUCCAACGGUGGGCCAUGGCAAAGAUCUGCUUCCUGCCCUACAGAAGGCCAAAAACUCUGGACUGAAGUUGUCACUGCACCUCUCAGAAAUUCCAUCACAGCUGGAUGAAUCAGAUUUGCUGUUGAGUCUUCCUCCUGACAGAAUCGGUCACGGCACCUUCUUGCAUCCUGAAGUGGGUGGAUCUCAAAGCCUCGUUGACAAAGUGGUUCAGAAAAAGAUACCAAUAGAGCUGUGCCUGACAUCAAAUGUGAAAGGCAACACUGUGCCGUGUUACGCCAAACAUCAUUUCAAGUACUGGUACGAGCUGGGACACCCAACUGUACUUUGCACCGACGAUAAAGGAGUCUUCUGUACGGACUUGUCUCAGGAAUAUCAGCUGGCAGCUUCCACAUUCGGUCUCAGUCAUGAAGCCGUGUGGAAGCUCUCUCAGCAGGCCAUAGACUGUAUCUUUGGACCAGAGACUGUGAAGCAGCAGCUUAAAGAGAAGUGGAAUGACUUACAUCUUCAGCUUUUCAAGUGAUCGGUUCAUCGGAGCCAAAAGCCAACUACAUACCUCAAGUUUUAAUUUUUUUAAAAAGUGACUAUUUAACAAGGAUUUACAGAAACCCUUACAUCAAAUCGAAAAAUACUGUAAAAUGGUUAAUGUAAGUGGAAAGUAAAUCAUAACUUUUUAUUUAA